GUAGUUAAGGGACAGCCAGCCACUCUUACGAGACCCAGAUACGUCGACAGGCGGCGCUUCCUUCCUGUCAGUCUUACACGACCACAACACUGAGCCGACACCCUCGUCCAAGGCAACGUCCAGCCGCCUCUACUAACCGAGGUCAUCACCACUCGAGGUCACCAUCACCUGAGGUCACUAUGUUUGUGACAGUGCUGCUGGUCAUCAGCCUCCUGACACAGAUGGAUGCUGGUGAAGGUGCUGACGCCUGCCCAGCGCCCUUCUUCAUGAUCGGGGAGGGCUGCUAUUACUACAAUGAGACCUUCAUGACGUGGCAAGAGGCACGAACGACCUGCAAAAACCUCUUGCCGGAGGAAGACGCCGACUUGGUCGUCAUGGACACCUACUGCGACGACUUCCUGAAAAUAGAAUCCUACGCCAUCUCCAACGGUCUGGCACCUUUUUGGGUGGGCGCCUCUAAACUAAACUACCAGGACUACUGGUCGUGGGUGGAUGGACGCCCCGUAGACCUCACGGGUCAUUACUGGACAGCCGGAUGCCCAACAACUGGCGAUGAAGUGAACUGCGUCUUCAUGAUUUCUGUUGAUGAAUUCGUCUUGCGAGCGCGAUUAUAUAACGACGUCUGUUAUGAUAUGUGGCCCUUCCUGUGCCAGCUGGGCGUCCAAGCAUUGGAAUAGAUUUGGAUAUUGUGUCUGCUGAGUCAUUAAACUCUAUAUAUUUCAGUACAAAAUCUUAACUGUUAGAUAUAUAAAAAAAAGUCUAGAAUUUGUACCCAAGGACUAUUAACUUGAUAACUUAUAUGUUAUAUUCUAUCAAGAGAGCAGUUUUAAAAAUCAUAUAUACAACAAAACGUCAAAAAUUAAAAGAUAAAGUUUAUAAUAAAUGCGUAAAGUGUUACCAAUAUUUCAGUUAAUAAUUGUUGAGGUUAUUAAUAAACAUUAACUACAAUGCAA